CGCCCCCGGCCCCGCCCGCGCUCUGUCCCUGGCUCGCCAGCCCCACCCAGUCCGCAGACCCUUCUAGUCUGCAGCUGUCGCCUCUGCUUCAGCCGCUAACGCCACAGGCCCUUGAGCCUUUUCCAGGUGUCUGCCUUAAUCCGCCUCCAGAGCCGGAUCUUUCUCUGGUGGGGUCCUCAGCAAAGGCCGCUGCCAUGCCAGUGACGGUGACCCGUACCACCAUCACGACCACCACGUCGUCAUCCUCGGGCCUGGGCUCCUCGACCAUCGUGGGGUCCCCUCGGGCACUGACCCAGCCCCUGGGCCUCCUCCGCCUGCUGCAGCUGAUCUCCACCUGCGUGGCCUUCUCGCUGGUGGCCAGCGUGGGCGCGUGGACCGGAGCCAUGGGUAACUGGUCCAUGUUCACGUGGUGCUUCUGCUUCGCCGUGACCCUCAUCAUCCUCAUCGUCGAGUUAGCGGGGCUCCAGGCCCGCUUCCCCCUAUCCUGGCGCAACUUCCCCAUCACCUACGCCUGCUACGCCGCCCUCUUCUGCCUCUCGGCCUCCGUCAUCUACCCCACCACCUACGUCCAGUUCUUGUCCCACGGCCGCUCCCGGGACCAUGCCAUCGCUGCCACUGCCUUCUCCUGCAUCGCCUGUGUGGCUUAUGCCACCGAAGUGGCCUGGACCCGGGCCCGGCCCGGCGAGAUCACCGGCUACAUGGCCACCGUGCCAGGCCUGCUCAAGGUGCUGGAGACCUUCGUGGCCUGUGUCAUCUUCGCCUUCAUCAGCAACCCCAACCUGUACCAGCACCAGCCGGCCCUGGAGUGGUGCGUGGCCGUGUACUCCAUCUGCUUCAUCCUGGCGGCUGUGGCCAUCCUGCUGAACCUGGGUGACUGCACGAACGUGCUGCCCAUCGCCUUCCCCACUUUCCUGUCCGGACUGGCCCUGAUCUCCGUCCUCUUCUAUGCCACGGCUCUGGUCCUCUGGCCGCUCUACCAGUUCGACCAGAAGUACGGCGGCCAUCCCCGGCGGUCCAUGGAUCCGGGCUGCGGCGACCGCCACACCUAUUACGUGUGCCCCUGGGACCGCCGACUGGCUGUGGCCAUCCUGACAGCCAUCAACCUGCUGGCUUACGUGGCCGACCUGGUGCACUCGGCCCGCCUGGUCUUUGUCAGGGUCUGAGGCUCUGCCCAGGGGCUCCCCAUCCUCUCCCCUCUUCUCAGCUGAGAGUCUCUCCCGAGUUCCGAGGUCCUCUGAUGUCCUCUCUCUGGCUCCCCUCUCUCCUUCCUGACUCCUCCUGCUCUCUGAUCUGUUUUCUUCACCCCUCCACCCACUCUGCCUCCCUUCCUGUUUUGUUUGGUUGCCACAUCCUGUUUGGAUGCCUCUUCUUUUUUUCAUGUUCUCCGUGGGGGCUCGUUUCGGGUCCUGAUCAUCCUAUUGGUUUUCUCUGCCUUCUUCCUGACCCACCUCUUCCCCGUUUCCCUCUGAUCCAUCCCGAGCCCUGAGACAUCUCCCUUUGCUGCCCCACUGCCUCCCCCCCACGUCCGAAGGUGCUGAGCCCCAGAAGGUGCUGAGCCCCACAUCACACACCCUUUUGCAGCUCUUCAUCCCCUGGGCCUCCAGAGGGGCCUCAUUGCCAAAGCAUGCCUGCCCGUCCUGGCUGUGCCUUAGUUGAUGUGUAUGUGUUUGUGUGUGUGUGUGUUUGGGGGGUGGGGUGGGUAGCUAGGGAUCGGGCCCCCUUUCUCUCAGGGGAGGGGGGUAUACAAUGCACCUCACCUCCUUAAGUUCAAAAAUAAAACGCUGGAGGUCAGGAAUUCCCAGUGGGCUGGAGGCUUCAAGCAUAGAUCCUGGCGCCCUAGGCCCCACCUGGUGCUCAGCCUCGCCUGGGAUUGGAUCCAGAAUUUUUGCCAAGGUUCCAAAAACCCACUGCCUACAGGCCAUCUUAAAGGAAGCAAGGACUGGAGGCCUUCCAUCCCAGCUACUCCCUGAGGUGCCAAAAAAGGAGCUGGCAAAGAAGUGCAGGGUCUUGGAGUGAAAUAGGUGUAAGGGGCAGUGAUGCCGCCCUCCAGCCUCAGUGUUAAAAAUAGUAUCUCCUGCCUUUUGCCGGAGGAGAAAAAAAUGGCCACUGCCUUAAUAUCAGCCUUAAAGCUGAUAUUAAGCUGAUAUUCUUUUUUUUUUUUCUUUUCAAAACAUUUAUUUCGGGGGGGGAAUGGUUGCUGUGCCAAUGUGAAAAGAAUUGCCUUGCUUGAGUGUGUGGUGCACACACGUGUUUCUGCGUGCUAGUUUGCUUUCUGCUGCUUCCUGCUUCUCUGGGACUCACACGCCUAACAUGAUCUAUAUAAAUGUAUAAAUAUAUAUUUUAUUUUUUUUUAAUUCCCCGGAGCUUCUGGUUCCCAUCAGGCCUUGCUGUCAAUCAGAGAGAGAAGCCUUGUCCCUUCUCCCACAUCCGUCAUGUUCAUUUUUUUUAAAAACUCAAUAUAAAGAUAAAAGAAAGA